GCUCAGACUGUGAGCAGCAGACAGGUUGCAUUUCAGGACAGACAGCCGGCUCCGCAGCGCCCCGCUCCGGCCUGCCAGCUGCACUGCGCGGAGGAAGCUGUGUGUGAGAUCCCGGUGAGCGACUGCCGCUGAAGAGACAACACCGCUGUCUGCACUCAGCCUGACCUGCGACUGGCAAUGGACUACAUGAACAACGCCUCCAACAGCUACAGUUCUGGAGAAACCAUGAGCUCCUCCUUAGCCAACAUGACCAUCAACGACCAGCACCACCAGGAGAACGGAGUCCAGAUGGGACACAGAAGCCCCGGAGACGCCAAAAUGAAAGAGAACGAAGCAGCUCUCGGUGAGAAUGGGAUGAAAUCUGUGAGUGAACUCUCUGAGCCGGAGAGCCGCCACUGUGAGGCGGAGACGUGUGCAGAGAAAGGCGGCGUUGAAGCCCAGCCCUCGGGGAUAGUGAGCGCCUCGCGUGAUGGCGAGGGGCAGCUCGCAGCAGGAGGAGCAGCUUCAACAGCUCAAGCAAAGAUGGAUAACGGCUCUGCAGAUAAGACUCAAACUGCCACCAAACCAACCUCUUCUCUUAAAAGACCAUCCAUAGUCACCAAGGGCAACAAAACACACGCAUCCUCGCGAAACGGCCACAGCUCCAUCCCCAUUAAAACCAGCAGCACAGGGCCCAGGCAGCCCGGAAGUCUUGGUGCAAAGUCUCAAACUCCUGGAGUCAAAACUUCUGCCAGAACUGCAGCUCAACCAGCUAGUGCCAAGAAACCUCCCACUCCAAAAUAUGAAAAAGAUGCCCAGAGUGGACAGAGCAGCCCUGGCACUCCCAAAUCUCCCUCUAGCCAAGCGCUCUCCGCGAAGGCGGCGGCCGAGGCCAACAAGGUGAAGAAGGUGGCGGUGGUGCGUUCUACGCCCAAAUCCCCGGGCUCGCUGAAGAGCCGCCCGCCGGCCCCUCUGGCCGCGGCGGCGCCCAUGCCAGACCUGAAGAACGUCAAGUCCAAGAUCGGCUCCACAGACAACAUGAAACACCAGCCCGGAGGCGGAAAGAUCUCCGCAUUGUCUUCGGUUCAAGUCCUUGAUCAGAAGGUGGACUAUAGUAAUGUCCAGUCUAAGUGUGGCUCCAAAGACAAUAUCAAACAUGUACCUGGUGGCGGCAAUGUCCAGAUCCUGGACAAGAAGCUGGACCUGGCUAACGUCCAGUCUCGCUGUGGUUCUAAAGACAACCUAAAGCACACGCCCGGCGGAGGCAAGGUGCAAAUUCUUGAAAAGAAGUUGGACUUAAGCAAUGUGCAGUCCCGCUGUGGCUCCAAAGAUAAUAUAAAACAUGUACCCGGUGGUGGCAAUGUUCAAAUCCUGCACAAAAAGAUCGAUCUGAGCAACGUGACAUCUAAAUGUGGAUCGAAAGACAACAUCCGGCAUAAACCAGGCGGCGGAAACAUCGAGAUCAAAAAUGAGAAGCUGGAGUUUAAAGUCCAGUCCAAGAUCGGCUCUCUGGACAACAUCGGCCACGUUCCAGGAGGUGGACAGAGGAAGAUUGAGAGCCACAAACUGAGCUUCCGUGAGACGGCCAAGGCCCGCACUGACCACGGCGCCGAGAUCAUCUCCUUGGAAGACUCCCCCCAGCAGCUCAGCACCGUGUCCUCCUCCGGCAGCAUCAACAUGGCCGACUCCCCGCAGCUCUCCACGCUGGCCGACCAGGUGUCCGCCUCUCUGGCCCAACAAGGCUUGUGAACGCACCUCCUUCCACCUCCCACCUCCUCCCACCUCCCACCACACGACCACGUAGAGGAGUUGUGACGCCUUCCUCGUUACUUUCACAGGACUUUUUUAGCUACCCAUCACCGUCUAUCCUUCACUAACCUUUGAAAACUGUUUCUUGAGGCGUUACUUGUAUAGAGAGAAGAAAAAGAAACCACAUUAACAAGUAGGCCGAUAUUUAAUUUCUUCUCUGUGGUCUCUUUUAUUUGAUAUUUCUACCUUUUGUAAGUCUCCCUUUAAGAGUUAAAUUCUCCCUGUGAAUCUGAGGAGUUAUCACACAUAUCCUGGUAAAUCUGACGCCAUCUUUCGGUUUCCUGUCGCACCGACUGUGAACCCCCCCCCCCUUUUUUGUUUUUUAGGAAGUUAAAAACACAGAACGUUGAGCUUGUGAGGGCGGAGGGAGACGCCGACGGUUUGGGUGCUGGUUUAAAGGGGGACGGCUACAGGGUUACGGAGAGAGGGAGGGUGUGUGCGAGAGGACAAAAACUGUUAGUAGCAAACUGUUCGUAAAGGCAGAAAAAGAUAAAACGCUUUCAGACCUCACUGCUGUCUUUGCUUUGUUUUAGUCUGCCGGGGGCGGCGAGGGAGGGCGUUAAAAAAAAAAAAAAAAAAGAAGUUAAAAAAAAAAAGCGAACAGCUAGAGUAGAAACUUCCAGUUUGUGUUGGGCACAGUUUUAUAACCGUACUCUGUGGAUAUAAUGACAUGUAUUUGAUAUGAAGAAACAUUUGUAUUGUGCCUGCUACUGUCAGUGUUCAUUCUCUUUUUGUUACCGCUCUUGUUGUAAAUGCGCUUAAAGCUUUCGACGUACGAGGAAAAAAACGGCGGGGAAGAUUAACCUUGAGAAGUGUAACUUUUUCGCGGCCAAAUAAACGAGGAAGAGGAAGAGGAAGAGGAAGGCGUCGUUUGAUUAUUUAAAAAAACUGCUGUAUGCACAUUUAGUAGGUAGGAAUAACGUUCAUCGCACUUUUAAAGCGAGACUACGUAACUUCUGCUGAAGAGAGAGGCCGUUAAGACUUAAUGCUGCUCGAGGCUGCGGCAGCGAGGACGCUCACGCAUUCGGACUGUAGCUGUCGGUUCUUCCUCUCAGACGUUACAUAGUCUCACUUUAAAGGAGGAACAAGUGUUUUAAACUUUUACUCAACCAGAAGGACGGAUGACGGAUGGAUGACGGACGGAUGGAUGGAUGGAUGGAUGGAUGGAUGACGGGUUGAUCGGGCCAAGUUGAGGGCGAAGGGUUUGGGGAAGCGGCGAGAGAGAAACUGUACAGCGAUGAGUUCAUUUGCUGCUGCAGUAAGAGUCGUUACACCUGUACGUACCUGAGCACCGAACGCUGCCAGCUGGUUGCUUUUACUGAGUGUGUGGAGUUUCUUUAUUUCAACACAGGAGUUCUUCUCUUUGUCAUAUUGUUUUAAACGUGUCCAUUAAUUCACAAACAGAAAUCCAAACUUUCUGCUUUCCUAACCUUUAAAUCAGGUGUUUGAAAGUGAAGCCAGAAUAUCCCGAAUGCCGCCAUCUCGAAAGAUCACAGGCCGGAUGCUGAGCCGUCAAUCAUCACACAUGAAUCCUUCUUCUUUUUUAUAGCUCUCAGAUAAUUAAAUUUAAACCAAACUGAUCAAAUGAUGAACACUUGAACGCAUCAGGGUGAUAAAAACGACCUAAAAUGACAGAAACCGUGUGUAAGAGCUGUACCGCAGUCAGCCACCAGGGGGCUCAUCCUCCAUCUUUAUAGAAGUGGAUGGUUUUCACCUUUUCCAUUAUUUAAAUGCCAUAAAUACAGCGAGGAGCAGUUCUCUUGUAGGCUGUAAAGGAGGCCGAUGGAGGCAGGAAAAGGCCCACAAUGCAGCAGUUUGUGCUUCCUGUUUUAAUCCCGAGUUUGGGGGAAGUUCGAGCCCAAAACUGCGAAUAAAAACUCCCGAACAGGCACAUUUUGAAGGGUUGUCCACAUACUUUUGGUCUAACAUCGGCUGCAGAUCAGGAAGAAAAAGAUUAUAAUUAUUAUCUUUUAUUAAAUUAAAUUAAAUUAAAUUAAAUUAAAUUAAAUUAAAAGCAACCAGCUGGAGAGUUGUUUUUUUUAAACGUGCUCAAAAAAAAGAAAAGAACUAAAUAAAUAAAUAUUCCUGGUGAGUCGUCACUUUAACUUGCGUUCAAUAAUACGUGAAACCAACUUCUUGCAUGUGAGAGACAGCCGUCUGCUUGUUGCCCCCCCUUCACUACGACACCUGUCUCACUUCCUGUAUAUCCUGUUCUUUAUACUCGGGACUGUGGACGGACAAACUGACAACAUGUGGUUAGAUAAACUCUCUGCAUGCUAAAAAACUUCAUUUCAAACAGUUAAGACCACAUUUGUCUGAGAGUGUGUGUGUGUGUGUGUGUGUGUGUGUGGGGGGGGUGCUCCCACUGUGCAGCAGGGUGAGGAUGAGGAGGAGGAGGAAGUGUAAGUGUGUGUGUGUGUUGUGCUUUGGUGCCCCCCCAGUCAGAGGUUUUUUUCUGCAGUAACAAAAAUAAAUAAAUCACUUUUUCUCCCCCCCCGGUUUACUUCUGACGCUGUACAGUCGUGGAAAUGUGAUUGUUCUCAUUAUUGUGAUCAAUAACUGGUUUAUGAUGAUUCUUGUUGCUGUAUAUGUGUAUUUGAAAAUAAAUGCUAUGAAGUCAC